UCUCCCUAACGACGCCGCAACUGGCUCCUUUACAAACAACCUUCCUCAAUUGUUACCACCACGCCAACACAGCUAUAGGGAGAGAGAGGGAGACAUGGAUGGAAUGCAUGAUCAAGGCAUGGGUGCGGCACCACCGAUGGGUCAUUUCAUGCCUCAUCGGCGGCACAUGAUGAUGCACAUGACCUUCUUUUGGGGAAAGAAUGCAGAGGUACUGUUCGAUAGAUGGCCUGGACACAGUUCUGGCAAGUACUGGCUGUCCUUGGUAAUGGUCUUUGUUUUGGCUUUAGUUGUUGAAUGGCUCUCUCACACCAACUCAAUCAAGGCCGAUACGAACAAUGUCGUGACCGGGUUGGUCCAAACCGUGAUGCAUGCUUUGAGAGUUGGUGUUUCUCUGCUGGUGAUGUUGGCGGUCAUGUGUUUCAAUGGUGGUGUAUUUUUGGCUGCAGUGGCCGGUCAUUCUAUUGGGUUCUUUCUUUUCGAGAGUAGAGCAUUCAAGAAAUCAAGCGCUACUAGCCCUGACAAAACUUCUCAUUCUGAUCUUCCUCCGAUGACUUGUUGAUCAACGUAUAAUUUCGUCUCUUUUCCUAGGGUUAAUUUAAUAAACUUUUCACUUGUUAUUCAUGCUUAAUCUUUUUUGGUGAUUCAAUAGAACCUUUUUUUU